AUGAGCGCUGAAGGAGACGAGAAGCCUGCGGAACAGAACACCUCGCAAACGCAGUCGACUGAUCACAUCUCCCUCAAAGUCGUCGAUCAGGAGGGUAAUGAGGUCUACUUCAAGAUCAAGCGCUCUACUCCUCUUCGCAAGCUGAUGGAUGCCUACUGCCAGCGUCAGGCCAAGUCUUCAGAUUCCAUCAGAUUUUUGUAUGAUGGCGCGCGAGUUAUGCCUGACUCCACCCCAGAAGAGAUGGAGAUGGAGGAUAACGACAUCAUCGACGCCGAUGAAUUGCCCCUCAUCGUCUCGAACGCCGAUCACCUUGAGCACUUCAUCCAUGAACGCGGCGAAAUCUUCAUCCUUGAGGGCCUGCUUCAGCCUCCUCUCCCCGCCUUCCACGAUUUCGCCACAUAA